UGACCCGUGUGUUUGUCCCCGUGAUCAGCGCUUCCAUCUCCGUAAAUCAGUGUCGUUGAAUAUCGGCGUUUUUUACACACCGCAAAAGCUUCAUGGAUAUGCUGGAGCAGAGUCUGGACAGCUCGGCGAGUCACGAAAAACAGGAACCAGAGGAGGUGGUGCAGCUACAGGAAGGUGAGGCAGUUGGGACAGAGGAGCAGACCGCAGUGACAAUCACCGGUGUCCCACAGGCUGCGUUCGCUGACCACAAUGUUCAGUACCAGUUCCGUACAGAGAACAGUGGAGGACAGGUGACCUACCGAGUGGUUCAGGUUACAGAUGAUCAAUUGGAAGCAGCAGCUGACGGAACUGGAGCUGUGAGUGUCGUCUCCACAGCAGCGUUUGCUGGAGCCCCUCAGGCGGUGGCUCAGGCAGUUAUCCAAAAUCCUUUCAGCAAUGGGGGAAGUCCUGCCGGGGAAACUGUUGGAGGGGAGACACGUUUUGCAUAUUUUCCUGCUGCCACAGUCAGCGAUGGAACAGCCACGGCCGUGUCAGUGCAGGCCACCACGGACCAAACCAUCACACAGGCAGGAGGUCAGUUUUACGUGAUGAUGAGCCCCCCGGAGGUCCUGCAGACGACGACGCCUCGCACCAUUGCACCACGCACGCAUACUUAUACUGCAGACCUCGGUGAAAGCGACAUGUUGCAGCAUGGCAGUACAAACUGGAAAGUGGAGGGCCCACGAGCGCCUAGAGAUGAGAGGCGAAGAGCGCAGCAUAACGAAGUGGAGAGAAGAAGAAGAGACAAGAUCAAUAACUGGAUCGUCACACUAUCAAAAAUCAUCCCUGACUGCAGUGUAGACAGCAGAACUGGAGCGAGUAAAGGAGGCAUCCUUUCCAAAGCUUGUGACUACAUCCGAGAGCUGCGUCAGAGUAACCAGCGACUUCAGGAGAGUUACAAAGAGGUGGAGCGGGUGGAGAUGGACAACGAGCUGCUUAGACAACAGAUUGAAGAACUGAAGAAUGAUAAUGCACUUCUUCGAGCACAGCUACAGCAGCAUGGCAUCGAAGUCAGCGGAGAUGCAACACCACAGUGAUUGUGGACUGGACAUGUGUCAACAUCACAAACACAAUGUUGCAUCCUCCCACCCACCUGAACAAUAAAUACCUGGAAAAGGACUAACAAUGAGAGACAAUUUCCAUUUGAAAUUGAACCACACAAACACACACAGAGCUUGUGAAAAAAAAACUGAAGGACUACAAACUGAAAACGCCUCCUCCACUUGUCUCAGCUGUUUGAAGGCUGAACGCUCCAAAAUCCUUAACUGUGUAGCUAACUGAACCUCUCACCUCUGCUUCAAGGAAAUCAACCUCUCCACAGCACCACAACACUUGCACCAAACUUUCUUUUUACUUUAAAUUAUGACAAGGAAUUUCUUUUUAAUUAUUUCAACUUUUUAUCGUCCACAAACUCCUACUUCCUUUGUUUUAGUUGACUUUUGCUGUGUUUGAAACUACUAAAUGUGACAUGAAUGAUAGCUCCAAUUUCCUUUUAAUUUAUUAGUCUUUAAGGAAUGUGAAAAUGGAAACAUCUCUGAAGUUACUCUGUCCUGAAAACAAAACCAUGUUAUCCUGGGAAUAUCUUGCUUUUACUGUCAGUGCAUCAUGUGUGUAUAUAAUAUAUCUGAUCUAUGUGCCGUUUGAGGAAACAUUUUCAAUUUUCCUCUUAACACCACUUUUCAAAGCACUUGGCAGGGCUCAAAUCUUAAUAAACAUGGUCAAGGCAAUUCAAAACAAUAAUUUUCAGUAGUUCAGAGUAAAAACAGCUUUGAUAGGCUUGAAGGUUUUAUUUUUAGUGCAAGGCCUUAAUAGAAGCCUGUUGGAGAAUCUAGGUGUUAAUAUAGCUCAGGUAAUUGGGAUAGUGCAUUGGCAAGUGGUUCCCAGACUCAUUGAAAUCUUUACAAAUAGAGUUCCUAUAUCUGUUUUGUCCCCAUUAGCUGCAAUGUACAGAUAAAUGAGCAUAUGGACAUGAAUUUCAAUGAGUGAAUGAUUUUAAUGGGCAUUAAAGUAUUGUUUGUUUGUA